AUGCAAGCACUUAGAAUCUCCUGGCGACGAUGCUUACCCAACGCACUGGAUAGCUUCGCGAUUGGAUUGACAAACUAUCUUCACAUGUUGGCUUUUUCUAUGCUCAACACGGAUUGGCUGGGGUUCUUGAACCCAUCGCAGAACAUUCUAUAUAGAGGUUCACGACGUAGGUACGCUGCUACGUGUUCCACGAUCCGAAGAUGCGGCAGAGACAACAACGAGGGGGACAAGGGAAGGGAAGAUACCCUGCCGAGCAAAUGGACAUCCACUCAGUUCCUCGAACGAACGGGUCUGAACCUGCAGACUAUUGUAUGCUGCACUACCGCAUUGCUUUUUCCAAAACCUGCAUAUCGUAUGAAGCAGCAACGAAAGCCACAUCAUCUCAAGCCACCUCACCAAACAUUCUUUUUUCUCCCCCUUGUUCGGCGUUGGGAGAAAGUCUUACAGGCUUUCAUUUGGGUCGCAUGCCGUCUCCGAGAAAGAGGGAGUAGGAGACGCAUCGGCAUCGCAAAUCUUUUUCUCGCCGCGUUUCCAUUCCGGGUAUAUGAAGGCCGGUUGAUUAAACCUGGAUAA